AUGUUGUUGAGCCUACCUGAAGUCGACGCCACGCGGUUCUCUCCCUCUGUCAACUUCAGCCCUGAGGCAGCAGCAACUGCGGCAGGCAGUUCACCAUCCCCUGUUCCUGCAGAUGCAGCAGACAGGGCAGCGGUGCCAGCAGCAGCUGGUGCUGCGCCUGCAAAAGCAAAACAUAACCUAUGGAAAUUCGUUCCCUUCGGAAGCAAAUGUCUACCUGCUUUUGGAUGGAGCAGGAACCGCAAGUCGCAGAAGGGCCAGCAACAACAGCGGCAACCACAGCGGCAGGGAGCGCAGAAAAAGCAGCAAGAGGCGGCAUAUGAGGGGCUUGCUAAUUCCCAAAUCCCACAGAAACAGACACGACUGCAGCAACAGCUCCAAGCGCAGCAGCUUCAGGAACAGCUGUGCCACCAGGAUCAGCAGCCGAAGCAGCAGCAAUCCACCAAGCAGCAGCACCUGCAACUAUCACAAGAUCACCAAGAAAAGCGUCUGCCGGUGCUUUGGGGGACAAGUGGCACCGCUGGUCUCACCACCCCUUGCAUUGGCGCUGGAAGCAACAGCAACAGCAGCGGCGGCAAGAGUUCCAGCAGAAACAACAGCUCCGCAGCGGCAGGAGGCUACAACUUUUCCACCCCUGGGACCCCUGGAUACAGCAGCAGUGGCAGCAACCGCAGUAGCAGAAGUGUCUGCAGCUGCAGCAGCAACAAUGGCAGCAGCUCGUCGCACUCGCUGCCGCGCUUGUCUGUGGACGGCACAACAUCAGGGCCAUGCUGCGUGGGAAGUUCCUUAUCGCCCAGAUCCCUGAUAUGUAGCUGCAGUAGCAGCAGCAGCAGCUGCUGCUACAACAGGGGUGCCAACACCAAUUCAACGCUACUGCGAGAGGGUGCUGCUGCAGCCAGGGAAGCAGUAGGUUCUGGUGCUGGUGCUGCUAACAUGGUGGUACGCAAGACAGUUGAAGGAAGUGCAGAAGCGGUACCAUCAUGCUACCCUCGAGCUGCGCCAUUGCUCUCAGCAGUAGCAGCGGCAGGAGAAAUUAAUUCUGCUACUUCCCCGGCAGCUGAUGCUGCUGCGGCCGCUGGUGCUGAUUCUAGUAUACCCGCAGCAGCAGCGAUGAUGCCUCCCACUAAAGAGAUGGUGGAGAAAGGAAGUGCGCAAGUGCAGCUAAAGGCUGCAGCAGCAUCGCCACCUGAGGUACAACGGCAAGUGAAGCUCAGAGCAGCAGAAACUGCUGGAAGUAUAAUUGGAGCAGCAAAUGCUGCGGACGAAUGGGAGGGCCCUGACCUAUUUCCUGCACCAUCCUACAAACCAGACCGCAACAGGCCACCUGAAGAACAGCAGCAGCAGCAGAAACAGCAAGACCACCAGCAGCAAAGAAAGAAUCUUAGAGGCGCAGUUAACCGACCCACGUCUUCCGUCUCCCGCGGGACGGAGUCCACCGGCGCCUCAGCAGCAGCAUCAACAGCACCAGCAGCACCGGCGCAGGCAAGCAAAAUAGCGUCGGCAGGAAUGGCUGAAAGUGAAUUUCUGCCCCGUCCGGCAAGCUGGGCAGAUACAGAGUUGAAAAUGCCCACCUCAGCAAGUGUGCUGCAAAGCAUGCAGCAACAGAAGCUGCACAGACACCUGGAGGAGCCAGAACCACCAACUUUGCCGCUACUCGGCGGUGCCGCCGGCACAGCACAGCUUGAGCCCGGCUUUUCUUUCUCCCCUGCUGCUGCUGCUACUUCACAGGAAGCAGAGCACAGCUUUGGCCAAUGCCGCGGUAGCGAUAAGGAGAGUAACUCUAGCAACAGUAACCCUACAACCGUCCCAACGGGUGGUCACUGUGAGGCCUUAUCUACCGGGCAAGCUGCUAUGAAUGUGCUUUCUGCCGCUACUUCUCCUGAUGCUGCUGAUGCGGUGCCUUGCAUCGCAACUUCCACGGCAGACAAAGAAGCUGCGGAGGAGAGUCGAGACCAAGAAGGUCGCAAACAGGCGCAAAAACAGCAUCAGCGUGCUGUUGGUAAGACAAAUCCAACAAUGGCUUCAGUGGUGUCAAUGCAACAGGAGCCGAAACAGCUGUACCAGCAACAAAAGAAGCAAUAUCAGCAGCAGAGUCUCUGCGUUUCGCCAGUGUUAAAGGACGAGGCUCAGCAGGUGCACCUGCCGCCAAGCUGUGCGUCUAGCAGUCCUAGAGGCUAUCAUGCCGACCAUUCUACUGCCGGCGCUUCCGCUGCUGUUGCUGCAGUGGAGAUUGCUGCAACAGUGGUGGAUGUUGCUGCUGCAACUGCGGCUGCCACAGUUGGGCCCCCAGCUGGAGCCCUUGUUUCCUCUGUGGCACAGAGCCUCAACGCCUUCCUUACUAAGGGACCUCCAGGAUGCAGUAUAAGGACGCCUCGUAGGCAGAAGCUGCAACAAAAGCAAUUGCUUGAGCCGCAGCUGCAUGAACAGCAGCAUCAAGAGCAGCAGCUGCACCAGGUGCAGGCGCAGCAGCAGCACAAGACGCAGCUGCAGCGUGCCGCUUCGCUGCUACAUAGCUUCAGCCACUCCCCGCACCAGUCGCAACAGCGCAGUGCCCAAGAAGAGCCGAUGCACCCGUAUUUCUUGCAGCGGCAGCAACUGCAGCACUUGGGCGUCCAGCAGGAGCUACUGGGGCAAACUGCGCCUUCCUCCUCCCCGUCCACAGCAAACUUGCAUGCAUACUGCGAGCUGCAGCAACCGACUGCAUGCGGUCUGUACCAAAGGCAGCAACAGCAAUACCAACUGCAACAGCAGCAGCAUGAGCUCCUGCUGCAGCGACAGCACGUGCCAGCACCCCACGGGCCCCCGACUGGCACGUACGCCACCACAAGAGCAGAGUCCCCAAGAAGGCUUCAGCAGAGGUUUUUAACUUUUAGUAAACAGAAACAGCUGCAACAACAACAACAACAAAGGCACCAGCUGCUGCCGGGACAGACACAACAGCAACAAGAACACCAAUCGCAGCAACAGCAGGACGUGCAGCCGCAGCUCCCGGUCGAGAAGCCUCGGACCUUUUUCGGCGUUCGCCUUUCUGCAGAAGCAGAAGCCGCUGCAGCGAAUGCAGCAGGAGCAGCAGCAGCAGCAGCAGAAGCUCGUCCGAUAAGCAGGCGUAGCAGCAGCCAGCCACUUUUUCCCGUAUCCGUCAAUGGACAGCAGCAGCAGCAGCAGGAUUCACCAGAGGUUAAGUUGCCUGAAGCCAGCAGACAGCAGCACGUGCAACGGCAAUGUGUCUUUGUGAAUCCGGUGCAUGAGGAUCCUGUGGGCCAGAGAUAUGACCCCUGCAAUAAUACGUGUGCCGAAGGGCACUCCAACAGGGCAGUAGGAGCGUCCUUUACUUCUACUUUAGAAACGCCCACUCAGCCCUUCAAAGCGCUCGAUGAAACCUUUUCUGAAGCCUCUGAAUUGGCUCUUCCUGGUACACCCAAACGGGCUUCCAAUGGAGAUUCCAGCGCAGUUCCUAUAGAAGUUCCUGUGGAGACCCCAACUGAAGAGCCAUCUAUGUCUCCAGUCGUUGCCUCUGCUAUUUAUGGUAAUGGCUACAGCGUUUCAGCGUGUGACAAAAAUUAUUUGACUGCUGCUAGUGGACGGUUGUCUCCUGCCGGGAAGCAGGCUGCAGAGGCUUCUCGUCGCGCCAUGUUGCUGCGAAAAAACUCGCAGGCUUCUUUGCUACAGAUAUGUGGAGCGGCUAAUCAGGAGCAGCAGCAGCUGCAGGUGCCUGACAGGCAGUUGCAGCAGCAAGCACGCUGGGAGACUGGGGGCACUCAUAAUGUCCCUUUGGCAGCUGCAGCAGCAGCAGAAGCCUCAACGACGGUACCACAGCAGAAACAGGCAGCACUUCAUGAGGCAAAGCCACACGAAGCGAGCAUUGGCAGCACGCAUGUAUGUUCGGGUCUAUCAACAGCAAGCAGCAGCAGCAGUAUCAGCCGCAGCGCCCUUACCCCACAGCUGCCUCACCCCUCGCGCCGGGCCCCUUUCCGCUUGCAGCAGCCCACAACAGACACUGAUUUAGCAGCAGCAGGGCCCUUUUCAUCUCUAUCACUAUCACCAUCCUCGUCAUCGCAAGCGCCUUCUGGAGCUUCAGGAGUGGCAGGAGCAAUAGGACCGUCAGGAGCAGCGACAGAGCGUCCUUCCACCCCAGUGCGCGCUGAGCGUUUGCGUAAGCACCUGGAGCAGUUGAAAGAGCGCGGGGAGCUGCGAGUGGACAAUUUUCCUGCAGCGGAAGUGGCAGCACUGAUACGGAACACAAAAGUGGAGAGGGAGGGCCCCUUUCAGGUGUACGUACUUGACAAAGAAUGGAAGCUGGGCUGCAGCAAAUUAGACAAGGAGUGGCCCCUCAAGAUGCUGCAGAACACGAAGGAAGGGAUUAAACUGCACAGAGAAAUCAACAAGCUAAUCGACAUAGCCAAGCAAAUACAGUUGCAGAAGCCGCAAUCACACGGCUAA